CGUCUGCACGCUGUUUACAGGGCGAUCAGGGUAGACAGUUUUAUCUUGUGCCGCAGUGUCUGUGCCGCAGUGUUGAGGCGGCAGGCAGGAUGCAGAGUGCUGUUUGAGUUUUCUGUGGAGUCCCUGGGAGGGACAGCUUUGAAAGACAGUUUCUAAAGAACGAGAAAUAGGAGGAGUUCAGUACCUGACUUGGGGCUGUUCGUAAUCAAGUGCUGCACAGCAGGGAAGAUCAUUUUCAAGCGUUAUGAAGUCGGAGAAAGAUCCUGAAGACGAAGAAAAUAUCCUUAAAGAUCCCAGCUAAGUGUAGCACAGCAUGAAGAUUGCAGAGCAGGAAGAUUUGGAGAGAGACCACUCACUUGUUAGGCGUGUGUUGGAGGCUUGCUUUGUGAGCUGCAGGGAUUUGUAACUUAAUGCGGAGUAGUUUGCUGUUAGCAACAAGAAACUAAAUCCUGUCUAGGAUGAACUGUUGGUUUUCUUGUGCUCCUAUGAACGGACAUGCAACAGAUUGGAACAAGUAUGAUGACCGACUGAUGAAAGCAGCAGAAAGGGGAGAUGCAGAAAAAGUGUCCUCAAUACUUGCUAAAAAGGGAGUCAAUCCAGGCAAACUAGAUGUGGAAGGCAGAUCUGCCUUCCAUGUUGUGGCUUCAAAGGGGAACCUUGAGUGUUUAAAUGCCAUCCUUUUACAUGGAGUUGAUAUUACAUCCUGUGACACUGCAGGGAGAAAUGCUCUUCACCUGGCUGCAAAGUAUGGGCAUGCAUUGUGCUUACAGAAACUUCUACAGUACAAUUGUCCCACUGAACAUAUGGACCUGCAGGGAAGAACUGCUCUUCAUGAUGCAGCGAUGGCGGACUGCCCUUCCAGCAUACAGCUGCUUUGCGACCAUGGGGCCUCAGUGCAUGCCAAAGAUGUAGAUGGGCGGACACCACUUGUUCUGGCUACUCAGAUGUGUAGGCCAAACAUAUGUCAAAUGCUGAUAGACAGAGGAUCGGAUAUUAAUUCCAGAGACAAGCAGAACAGAACUGCUCUCAUGCUGGGUUGUGAGUACGGCUGCAGAGACGCAGUGGAAGUCUUAAUUAAAAAUGGUGCUGAUAUAAGCUUGCUGGAUGCCCUUGGCAAUGAUAGUUCUUACUAUGCAAGAAUUGGUGACAAUCUGGACAUUCUAACCUUACUGAAGACUGCAUCAGAAAAUGCUAACAAAGGGAGAGAACUUUGGAAGAAAGGACCUUCUCUUCAACAGCGAAAUUUGCCAUACAUGCUGGAUGAAGUGACUGUGAAGUCAAAUCAGAGGGAGCACCACAGCAUUCAGGAUCUGGAGAUUGAAAAUGAGGAGUUGAAAGACAGGUUGAGGAAAAUUCAGCAAGAACAGAGAAUAUUAUUGGAUAAAGUCAAUGGUUUACAACUACAGCUGAAUGAGGAAGUUAUGGUUGCUGAUGAUCUGGAAAGUGAGAAAGAAAAACUGAAGUCUCUGUUGGCAGCUAAAGAAAAGCAACAUGAAGAAAGCUUAAGAACUAUUGAGGCUCUGAAAAACAGAACUAAAUAUUUUGAGAGCGAUCAUUUAGGAUCAGGAAGUCAUUUCAGUAACCGAAAAGAAGACCUGCUUCUUAAACAAGGUCAAAUGUAUACUACAGAUUCACAGUGUACUUCCCCAGGUAUGCCAGCCCAUAUGCAAAGCAGAUCUAUGUUGAGGCCCCUGGAGCUGUCCUUACCCAAUCAAACCUCAUUCUCUGAAAAUGAAAUUUUAAAGAAGGAGUUAGAAGCCAUGAGCCAUUUCUGUGAGUCGGCCAAACGGGACCGGCUCACGCUUCAGAAUGAACUGGCUCACAAAGUGGCAGAGUGCAAAGCUUUAGCCUUAGAAUGUGAAAGAGUCAAGGAGGAUUCAGACGAGCAGAUAAAGCAAUUAGAAGAUGCAUUAAAAGAUGUGCAGAAGAGGAUGUAUGAUUCGGAAGGUAAAGUGAAACAAAUGCAGACACAUUUCCUUGCCCUUAAAGAGCACCUGACAAGUGAAGCUGCUGCAGGGAGCCACAGACUCACAGAGGAACUCAAGGAGCAGCUGAAAGACAUGAAAGCCAAAUACGAAGGCGCCUCAGCAGAAGUGGGAAAACUAAGAAACCAAAUCAAACAAAAUGAGAUGUUAGUAGAAGAGUUUAAGAGGGAUGAAGGCAAGCUGAAAGAAGAAAAUAAGCGAUUGCAGAAGGAAUUUAGCAUGUAUGAGAUGGAGUGUGAGAAAAGGGGGAGAAAGACCACAGACAUGGAAAGCCAGGUGAAAGAUUUGUUAGCAAAGUUGGCCCUUUCUGUUCCGACAGAAAAAUUUGAAAACAUGAAGAGCUUAUUAUCUAGUGAAGUAAACGAGAAAGCAAAAAAAAUAGCAGAGCUAGAAAGAGAAUAUGAAAAGUCACUUGGUGAAAUUAGACAGUUAAAGAGAGAACAUGAGAAUUUUAAGGCCACGCUUGCUCAGCAUGUCAAACCCCAGGACCAUGAACAGCUCAAGAACAGGUUAGAGCAAAAGGUAGGGGAGCAGGGGAAGAAGAUCACUGAGUUAACAUCAAGAAAUCAGACACUACAAAAAGAAAUUGAAAAGGCUUAUCUAGAUAAUAAAGCCCUCAGCCAACAAAUACAUACUUUAACCACGGAAAUGAAAAAUCAUUAUGUUCCUUUAAAAGUAAGUGAAGAAAUGAAAAAGUCACAUGGUGUAAUUGUCGACGAUCUGAAUAAAAAGCUUUUGGAUAUAACGCAAAAGCAUACAGAAAAGAAGUUGGAAAUGGAGAAAUUGCAGAUGGAAAAUGAUAGUUUAAGUAAGAAUGUUAGUCGCCUGGAAACUGUGUUGGUGCCUCCCGAGAAACAUGAAAAAGUCAUGGCUCUGACAUCCAACAUUGUUGAACUAAAUAAACAGCUCUCUGAACUUAAUAAAAAACGUGGUGAAGACCAAGAGAAAAUACAUUUGCUCCAGUCUGAAAACACUAACUUGAAAAAGACUAUGAGUCUCCAGUACGUGCCUGUUAAAGCCCACGAAGAGGUGAAGAGGGCACUGAGCAGCACAUUAGAUAAAACUAACAGAGAAUUACUGGAUGCGAAGAAAAAACUGGAAGAUGUAAAUCAAGAAUUUGUGAAGAUAAAAAGUGAGAAUGAAAUAUUAAAAAGAAACCUGGAAAACGCUCAGAACCAAAUAAAAGCUGAGUACCUCAGCCUCAAAGAACACGAAGAAAAGAUGAGUACUGUGAGUCAGAACAUGAAAAAGAUGCAGGAUGAUCGUGCUGAAGUACUGGCUAAGUACAAAAAGGGCCAAGACGAGAUCGUGACUCUGCAUGCUGAAAUUGAAGCCCAGAAAAAGGAGCUUGACACAAUACAAGAAUGCAUUAAGCUAAAGUAUGCGCCAAUUGUCAGCUUGGAAGAGUGUGAGAGAAAAUUUAAAGCAACAGAGAAGGAACUAAAAGAACAGUUAUCAGAGCAGACACAUAAGUGUAAUGUCAGGGAAGAAGAGAGCAAGAAGUGCAAGCAAGAGAAUGACCAGUUAAGGGAGGAGAUAUUCACUCUUCAGAAGGAUUUAAAGGAUAAGAAUGCUCUUGUUGAGAAUUCUCAUGAAAUGGAAAGAGCGUCAAGCAGAAAAAUAGAAGAGCUAAGCAAACAGUUAAAAGACCUAUUACAGAAAUACACAGAGGUAAGGAAUGAGAAGGAGAAGCUGCUAGAAGAAAAUACCAAGCAGACUUCUGAGAUCCUUGCCACACAAACACUUAUGCAGAAACAGCAUGUACCAUUAGAACAGGUUGAGGCCCUAAAAAAGUCUCUUAAUGGCACAAUUGAGAAUCUAAAGGAAGAACUGAAGAAUAAACAAAGGUGUUACGAGAAGGAGCAGCAGACAGUGACCAAACUGCAGCAAAUGUUGGAGAAUCAAAAGAACUCUUCUGUGCCCCUGGCAGAGCAUUUGCAGAUUAAGGAAGCAUUUGAGAAAGAAGUUGGAAUCAUUAAAGCUAGUCUGAGAGAAAAGGAAGCAGAAAGCCAAAACAAAACGGAAGAAGUCUCCAAACUCCAGUCUGAGGUUCAGAAUACUAAACAAGCAUUAAAAAAUUUGGAGACCAGAGAGGUUGUCGAUUUGUCUAAAUACAAAGCAACAAAAAGUGAUUUGGAGACACAGAUUUCCAGCCUCAAUGAAAAAUUAGCCAAUCUGAAUAGGAAAUAUGAGGAAGUAUGCGAGGAGGUUUUGUAUGCCCAAAAGAAGGGACUGUGCGCCAAAGAUGAGAAGGAAUUGCUCCAUUUCAGCAUUGAGCAAGAAAUCAAGGAUCAGCAGGAGCGGUGUGACAAGUCCUUAACCACAAUCACAGAGCUGCAGAGAAGAAUACAGGAAUCUGCUAAACAGAUUGAAGCAAAAGAUAACAAGAUAACUGAACUGCUUAAUGAUGUGGAAAGACUGAAACAGGCACUCAAUGGCCUCUCACAGCUCACCUACGGGAGCGGGAAUCCCAGCAAGAGACAGAGCCAGCUGAUUGACACCCUGCAGCAUCAGCUUCAGUCCCUCCACCAGCAGCUGGCUGAUGCUGACAGACAGCACCAAGAAGUAAUUGCAAUUUAUCGGACACACCUCCUUAGUGCUGCACAGGGCCACAUGGAUGAAGAUGUGCAGGCGGCCUUGCUCCAGAUCAUACAAAUGCGGCAGGGGCUUGUGUGCUAGCAGCAGCCCCGCCUGGCGACGUCUGCCUUCCCUGAUGGUGCUGAGAGUUCUGUAUGCGGCUUCGUGGCCUACUGGGCUACUCCAAGUGAAAUAAAAUGCAUUUUGUCCAAUUAGUAGGUUUUUUAAAUUAGUUGAGUAUGUGACUGAGUUUUUUACUAACAGUUCAAAUCUCAUAUUCUAGAUAUGUUACAUUUGUAGGUAGGCAAAAAAAGAGCAUUUUGCCUUGGAUUGACUACGUAUUUUUGAACCAUCGAGUCCCUGAUAAAACAAGCCAUCUGAGAGCAUCCCUAAAUUGAAAUCAUUUUUUAGGCAUUUUUUUCAGAGAAAUUAAUUUGGUGCAUGGCCACUUUCAAGUGGAUCAAAAGAUCUUUCAGAUCUUCCCUCGAGCCAUGAAACCUAAUGUGAUUUCAAGGAAUGCACUGAACUUGGCUUGCCAAGUGGCAUUCUUACUGAAGUAACUUAAUGAGUGUUUUUGACUUCUUUUGGAGGUACAGAUCUUUUUCUUCUUAUGCUAGUAACUUUUGCAGUGCUACGUUACAUUUAGGAAUAGGCAGGGGUAGAAUAUGUCAGGAAUUUAUAAUAAAGUUGCCUCAUACUUUCCACAACGUUAUCUGAACUUUCACUUGUGGUGACUUUUCUUGCCACAGUGUUAGAGAACCAUGGUAAAUGGUAUACUAGAUUUUUCAAAGUGUCAAAAUUUUACACUCUUUCUUAGCAAUUACCCUGACAUUUGCUACUAUAGUAACCAAGCACUCAUUAUACAUGCAUUCUCCAAAUGUUUCAUACUUAUUUAUAGGAAAGUUGUACUAAUGAGAUUAAUAAUGUGAAAUUCCAUUUUCUUACACAAUUAUCAUUUGAGAAUUGAUUUUAGAAAACAUCUUUAGGGUUUUAGACAAAAGUGCAAUAAUAUAGCCAUCUGUAAGACUAUAGAUAGCAAAACAUAAUAAAGUUGGACAUGUUUAUAGUAAAUACUCCAGUGUAACCAACCAUUUUUAUUAACUACAUCUCAUUAAGGGAAAGUAUGUUUUGUUAAUUUUAUUAAUACCUUGUUUACUCUUCAGAUUGAAAAUUAUGAAUUUGAUAGCUAGCAAAUCAAUUGAACAAUUGAGUCAUUUUUGCCAACUUAUUUUUAAAUUACAAAAUAUGCCUUAAUAAUAAUCUUUGAACAUCGUGAACCAGACUUUUGAUCUCAUUUUUGUAUAAUAACAAGGUCAAAGGACUGUCAAAAUAGCUCCUCCCACCAAGGAAUAAGAUGUCAUAUAUUUUUUUUUUCAGUGUGGAAACAACAGUGAAAAGUCAGAACUGGAUUUAUUUUUCAUUCUUAGGUGGCUGUACACAGCCUACAUAAGCAAUAUUUGGAUUCUUUAAUUUAUAUAUUUAAUGUUGUCCUACGGCGUGGGUUCUGAUUCAUUGAAACUCUGAAGUAGAGCAGAGUUCUGAACUGAAUAGUCACAUGUCAGUGUUGAAUUUACCUUAUUAUGAGUGGGAAGAGAAACUUAUAUGUAUUUUACUUUUUGUGUUAAGCCAUCAAUAAAAUACCAAUUUCUAUUGAAUAUUAUUUUGAAUAACCUUGUAAAUGAUUUCCAAGGUAAGCUAGUCUGUUUACUGUCUUUGGAGAGUGUGGUGUAGAGUGUUGCAGUGGCAACACUUGUUUUGGUCAGCUAUGGAGAGUGAAAUACCAGGUGGCCAACUUCAAUUUAUUCCAUUGUCUUAUUCGCUCACCUUUUGAUAUCCUAGGCACAGACUGCUUUCAUAACACUGAAGGUGAAAACUUUUUAGAUAGUCAACAAGUAGAAGAUGUAGAAUGGACGAUGCUGGUCUCUCUGCUCUUCUAUAUUCAGAAGAACGAUGAGAUCUGAAUUUCUGGCCCAGAGGAAUGAAGAUGGGCUGUUGUCUGAGAUGUGCGUGCUCUCUGAAAGGAUCGCUGAAUUCCUGUAGGAGUGUGCUUUUUUGUUGAAAGCUUUACCACUAACUUGUAGUUAGUUUUGUUCUUCUCACUCCUGCCUCAUCAGAAAAGCUCCUUCAGUGUUAUAAAGAACUAUUAAAAUACAAUCAAAAAAUCAUUCAAUGAGCAUCUUUAAAAUUACUACUAUAGUGACUAUAAUCACUAGCAAUACCUGCACUGCUCUAGACUCCCCGAUGAAUUUCGCUUUUGGCUUCCUGUUUAUUCAAAACUUUUUCUCUUGUCCUUAACUAGUGUUGCGCAGUUUUAAAUCUGCUCUUAUUCUAAAUGCAUUGAGUCACUGCUGCUUUAAAAACCAUGCAGCUUUAGAACACAGGCACCUUUCCCCCUGGUGGCCCCCCUAGCUUUCCUCUAAAAAGGACCUAAAAAUUGUCCUCACACACAUGCUUUUUGACUCAUGUUUUCAGCUUACUUGUUUCAGAGUAGAAGAGCUUCAAAUGAAUUUUUGGCUUCCACAGUGACUCAUUGUAUCCAUGCCCACUUACACCUUUGCCAAACAUUACAUAGCAGUGGUUACAAGUUUCUCUGACAUCCACUUCGCCAUGGUGGAAGAAAACGAUUUCUUACUGUCUUUUUAUUUUCCACAUCACUGGAUUCUGCAAUCUUGAGGUGAUAUUUUUUUCUUCUUGCAAGUUCUGUGCAUCAAAGUAAUGGCAGUACCUCUGGCACCAAAUAAAGAUAAAAAGAGGAUUCUUGUGAUGAGCAUGCAAAAUAUGGUUGCACAUGUCUGGCGGAGAAAAAAGAACCUGGACCUUACUCCUGGCUGCUAAGUGCUGUGAAUAAUUUUCAGAGGGGAAAAAACAAUUACGAAUAAUUUUCAGAAUAGAGAAAAACAAAUGGUACCAUAAAAUACACUGUGCACAAAAUGCAAAAUAUAAGACAGGUGUUUCAGCUCUUCUUUUAUUCAGUGACGUCCCUGACUGCACUGGGCCUGAGACUUUAUUCUUGGAAAUGUUAGUUCUCCGUGUUUUGACUUCGGCUGCUUGAAACAAGACUCCAGAGCAGCCUUUCCAGCUUAAUGUGAACGUGCUUCUUAGUGUGGUUUGCUUGUUACCGCAUCUGUGGGCCUUUGGCUCAUGAACAUCAUGAAUGUAGAAAUUUAAAAGAAAAAAGGUGAAGCUGCAGCGGAGAUGGCAUUCCAGGAAGACUCCCCGGGCGGCGAGAAUGCUUGUGUUUAGCAUAAUUGGGCAUGUGGCAUCACUUAUGCAUUAGAGGGCAUUUUCAUUAUUUAUGCCUGCACGAACAAACACUGAUGAUGAAUGAAUUCAACCAAAAAGGGAAGGUUACAAAAAUGUCAUAUGUAAAUGAAAAAGACUUGUGAGGGUUGCUUCCUUGAGGGUGCGUGUGUGUGUGUGUGUGUGUAUGUACAAGCACACACACAUAUAUGUACACACUCCAGGGAAAUAAUAGAAAAAUCAAUAAAAAUAAUGCUUCUUAGAAU